GCCGGCGCGGCGGAGCCCCGGCGCGGGACCCCCGCCCCGAUGGGGGACGCGCCGGAGCCGGAGCUGGAGGCGGUGCUGGAUGGAGGCGCCUGGGAACUGGGGGAGACGCUCGGGGGCACCCCCGCGCCCGUCCGCCUGGGCAGGAACGUGUGCUACGUGGUGCUGGCCGUGCUCUUCAACCAGGAGGGCUCGCUGCUGCUGGUGCAGGAGGCCAAGCCCGAGUGCCGGGGGCUCUGGUACCUGCCCGCGGGCCGGGUGGAGCGGGGCGAGCCCCUCAUGGCCGCGCUGCGCCGGGAGGUGCGGGAGGAGUCGGGGCUGCUCUGCGAGCCCGAGACGCUGCUGGCGCUGGAGGAGCGCGGCCCCGCCUGGAUCCGCUUCUCCUUCCUGGCACGGGCCACAGGUGGGACCCUGAAGACCCUGCAGGACGCUGACUCCGAGUCCCUCCAAGCCACCUGGUGGCGCGGGGACCCGCGCUCGCUGCCGCUGCGCUCCGCGGACAUCCUGCCCGUGCUGGAGCUCGCCGCCCGCUACCGCCGCAGCCCCGCGCAUCCCCCGACGCUGCCGCGGGAGCUGCCCUGCUCCCCGCUCUGCCUGCGCCUCCUGCUGCCCUUCUCCAACGCCUCGGGCGAGCUGUGGCUGCUGCUGGCCGCCGCUGCCACCCCGCAGCUGCCCGUGGUGGCGUGCGGGACAUCGCCGGCCGAGCUGCGAGCGGGGCUGCGGCCGCCGCUGCUGCGGCUGCUGCGGGAGCGCCUGGGCUGGGAGGCGCAGCCCGCGGCUCUGGGGCUGCUGGGGCUGCAGCACAGCCCCGGCGACGCUGGGGACACCGAUGGCAUCUGCUUCAACGUGCUGCUGAGCGUGGAGCCGGGGGGGCAGCGGGAGCGGCCGCCCGAGCCCCGAGACCCCGCGCUGCGCUGGUGGCCGGUGCGGGAGGAGCUGCGGGGCCGCGUCCUGCAGAGGAUGCGGGCAGCCGUGCCCGUGCGUAGUUAGGGAUGGAGAG